AUGGACCUUAUGCUACCGGAAAAGUUUCAGCACAUUCUUCGUGUUAUGAACACAAAUAUUGAUGGUCAACUGAAAAUUAUGUAUGCUAUGACUUCAAUUAAAGGUGUUGGCCGACGCUAUGCCAACGUAGUCUGCAAGAAAGCUGAUAUCGACCUUAACAAGCGUGCUGGAGAACUAACUGAUGAUGAAGUUGAAAAACUUGUGACAGUAAUGAGCAACCCAAGGCAGUAUAAGAUCCCUGACUGGUUUUUAAACAGACAGAAAGAUGUAGAUGAUGGCAAACAUUCACAACUUAUGUCCGGUGCUUUGGAAACCAAACUACGUGAAGAUCUUGAGCGAUUGAAAAGGAUAAGAUCCCACCGAGGUAUACGCCACUAUUGGGGAUUGCGAGUUCGCGGUCAGCACACAAAGACAACUGGUCGACGUGGACGAACUGUCGGUGUGUCUCGAAAGAAAUAA